CCCACUCAAAAUACGACUUUGAGAGCUCACCGUCAAUCGAAGUUCAUGUAUGUAUGCAUGGACAGCAGGUCGGUGGCUUGAUCAGCGUUCUCCACAUUAGCAUCGCUACGACUGCGCCUGUGUCGAGUCAUGUACAUGAGAAAACAAACUCGGCGGCUACAAUGUCACCUGGGUGUUAAAUGUCCAUCCCAGCCCAUUCCCGGCCUUUAGAGUUUUAAUAAGCUAGAACGCCUGGUCCCCGAGAGCCCUCAGCGACCCAGAUCAGACAAAAGCCUCGUCCGAGUUCUAAGCUACGUAGCUCAGCUCUAUUUUUCCUUUCCUCUCGCUCUCAGCUACGGGCGUUGCGGAUCCGCAUGUUCAGGUGUGAAGCCGCCCAAACGCUCCUGGAGUCGAGUGCUGCUCAUGGAUGGCCUGAUUGACACGGCUUGAGCACCUGAGAGAGCCCGGUUCCACUGCUAAUGAAGACGUUUCUAUCCCCGAAUUUCGUCCAAGAGGAGGUGACAAGCGAUGACUUCGUCAUUGCCUCGAUUGCGUGGGGCUUCACGCUGGGGUUCGGCUGGUUGACCGUGUCCUCGGCUAUCGCCCAAACCGCUAAGACCUGGAGACGCUAUGGGUCUCGAUCGAUACACAACACCUACAUAUGGAUGAUUUGGCUGGAGGUCAUCGUGUGUAUCAUAUUUUCGGUCAUUUGCUGGUUGUAUCUGAGAGGCAACAUUGCACCAAGCUUCGCCUUCUACUUCACCAUCCUCACAACAUGGGCUUUACAGGUCCAAUUCUUGCUACAAAUAAUCAUCAACCGAUGUUCGAUACUGCUCCCUGACAAGCGUGCUGCUCGACGGUUGAAGUUCUACGUGGCGCUCCUCAUCACAGCAAUCAACAUCUCGGUGUACUGCAUCUGGGUACCAGCCCGGUUACAAAUCUCAGAAAGAUACAUCCACAUAAAUGAGUUCUGGGAUCGGACAGAGAAAGUCAUUUACUUGCUGGUCGAUGCAGCCCUUAACCUGUACUUCAUAAUUAUUGUAAAACGCAAUCUCGUGGCGAAUGGCCUGAAGAAGUACAAAAGACUCACAAACUUCAAUAUCUUCAUCAUCGGCUUCUCACUGUCUAUGGACAUCUUAAUUAUCAGCAUGAUGAGUCUGAAGAACACAUUUGUUUAUAUGCAGUUCCAUCCUCUAGCGUACAUGGUGAAAUUGAAUAUUGAGAUGACCAUGGCCGAUCUCAUUGGAAAGAUAGCCAAGAAACAAGAGCGCCUGCCGACAUACCACUCGAGCUUCAACCGACGACCAGCUGUCGGCUCGAGGAUGCCUAGCUUCGGCAACAGCUUCGGCAACAGCUUUGGCAGCCGCAACAACACGGUGCAGCCCCUGCCACCGUCACGAAACGCCGUCCCAUUCCGGGUAUGGCAGAGCAGCGUAUCAGCGGGCAUGGACAGCGCCGCCGUCUCACGCAGGGCCAGCAUGAAUCCCCCAGCGAACGAGUUGACAUUUGUAACGGUCCCCGACGAUCCUGUGUGGAACACUGCUGGCAUGACGAGUCCAGACGGGCCCAACACAUCCGACACGCCUAUGGAGCUGUAUAUGGUGAAGGAGGUGACGGUGGAAUCGGAUGUUGUCCGUAGGUCGACCUUUGCGCCAAAUGGAAGCGAGGGCAGUGUAGGGAAUAACUGGGGCAGAGCGUCACCAGCGUCGGUGUCCGGAAGGGAUCGAGUGGAUGACAGAGCCACCGGCCGGGAGACUCCUCCACCCGUGAUAUGGGACGGCUCUCCACAAGUCUCCACUACAAUCGCCAUCGGAAGGAAAAUCGACUGA